UGUUUGUCUCAUUUCAUUUCUAAUCUUUCAAAACAUUUUCUCAUUCAAAUUUACGUUUUGAAGUCAAUUUUUUUCUCUUUUUAUUCAAACACAAAAUUCGAUUCAGUCGUCAUCAAAAAAAAAAGAACGAAACAAAACAAACAAUUCGUUUUUCUUUGUUUUGUUAACAAAAAAAAUCCAUCAAAAUCUUUAGCGUUAGGAAUUUUUCACACGUACAGAAUAAUUUUGAAACGAAUAAUAAAAAUUAUGGCACGUGGACAACAAAAACUUCAAUCACAACAACGUGCAGCGAAAAAAGCUGCCGAAAUGAAACGCCAACAAGGACAUGAUCAAAAAUCAGCUGCACAAGCUGCUUUGAUUCAUAAAUGUUCUGUUUGUAUGUCUCAAAUGCCCGAUUUAAAGACAUAUAAACAACAUUUUGAAAAUAAACAUCCAAAAGCAACACUUCCGGAUAAUCUGAAAGAUGUUCAAGCCUAAGUAAUAAGAUUUCUUUUUGGCAUCGAAAAUUCUAUUUUGUUUUCUUUUAAUCGAA